UGUCACCGCGUCACUGAAGGCGUCAUUAAACAACAACAUGGCGGCGUCCGUACAGCGCCUCUCCGCCGCGGGCAGGAGCCUCCUGAAGAGGAAGCCCUCAUGGUUCGGGCCCCUCGCGCACCCGCAGCGCCGCCCCCUGGCCACUGCCGCGCAGACCGUACUGCUCAACGUCCCGGAGACCCGCGUGACAACCUUGGAGAACGGACUGAGGGUCGCCUCGGAGGACUCGGGCCUCUCCACGUGCACCGUGGGUCUGUGGAUCGAUGCAGGGAGUCGCUAUGAGAACGAGAGAAACAACGGGACCGCCCACUUCCUGGAACACAUGGCUUUCAAGGGCACCAGGAAGAGGUCCCAGCUGGACCUGGAGCUGGAGAUCGAGAACAUGGGGGCUCACCUCAACGCCUACACCUCCCGCGAGCAGACGGUGUACUACGCAAAGUCCUUCACCAAGGACCUGCCCCGAGCCGUGGAGAUCCUGGCGGACAUCAUCCAGAACAGCACGCUGGGCGCGGCGGAGAUCGAGAGAGAGAGAGGGGUCAUCCUCCGGGAGAUGCAGGAAGUAGAGACCAACCUACAGGAAGUGGUGUUUGACUACCUCCACGCCACAGCCUACCAGAACACCGCCCUGGGGCGCACCAUCCUGGGGCCCCCCGAGAACAUCAAGACCAUCAACAGGGCUGACCUGGUAGAGUACAUCACCACUCACUACUUCGGGCCCCGGAUCGUCCUGGCGGCCGCGGGAGGUGUCUCCCACGACGAGCUCAUCGAUUUGGCCAAGUACCACUUCGGAAAGCUCCCCGCCCGGUACCGGAGCGACAUGCCGGAUCUUCCGGCCUGCAGCUUCACAGGAAGUGAGAUCCGCGUCCGUGACGACAAGAUGCCGCUGGCGCACGUUGCCAUAGCGAUGGAGGCGGUGGGCUGGGCGCACCCGGACACCAUCCCCCUGAUGGUCGCCAACACCCUCAUCGGGAACUGGGACCGCUCGUUUGGAGGAGGCGUGAACCUGUCCUCCAAGCUGGCCCAGAAGGCUUGUCAGGGUGGGCUGUGCCACAGCUUCCAGUCGUUCAACACCUGCUACACGGACACAGGGCUGUGGGGGCUCUACAUGGUGUGCGAGGCCUCCACCCUGGAAGAGAUGAUGCACUACACCCAGCUCGAAUGGAUGUCGCUGUGCACCAGCGUGUCUGAGGCCGAGGUGGCGCGCGCUAAAAACCUCCUGAAGACCAACAUGCUUCUGCACCUCGACGGCUCCACCCCAAUCUGUGAGGACAUCGGCCGCCAGAUGUUGUGCUACAGCCGCCGCAUCCCACUGCACGAGCUGGAGGCCCGCAUCGACGCCAUCGAUGCUCGGACCAUCAAGGACGUUUGUACCAAGUACAUCUACGACCGGGCCCCUGCCAUCGCCGCCGUGGGACCUGUCCAGCAUCUCCCGGACUACGAGAGGAUCCGCAGAGGAAUGUUCUGGAUGAACAGCUGAGUCCUGACCAGAAUGUUCUGGAUUAAUCAACUGUACAGCACACAAAUCGUUUUCCUGCUUUGAAUUUUAUUAUAAAAUAACAGAAUAAUGUUAAAAUAAACGUGUCCUGAGCCGUUCUCCUGCUCUACUUCUUGACUUGGGCGGCUUUCUUGGCCUUCACCAUCUCCACCAGCUCCUGCAAGACAAGAACAUCAAGAACCCACCAUCAGUACAAUUUGGCAUUCUCAGGACCACCGACCAAAUUACUUGGAUUAAUUACAGUGCUACUCGUUUGGUAUCACUAGUUUUAUUUUCAUAUUUAAGUGAAGUCUGUCUGAAUUGUUGUGUAAAUAAAUAUAUAUACAUGUAUCAAAUAUCUUUCAAAC